AUGGUCUCAAGCACUAAAGAAGAAAGAAACACCAGUAAUAGCAAUCACAUGCCGUCUCCACCCUACAUGGAAAUCCAAUCGCCUUGCUCCAUCGAUAAUCUUCCUGCUGUUAAUAUGCGUCGUCGCAAGAUCGAGAUCGAGAUUGUCGAGGGUGCUCGCAAAGGUCCAACGUGGCAAUUCCCUGGCUCAGGUUCCUCGGAACAUGUACAGGUACCUCAGACUGAACUGAUUGAGAUUCAAAAGGAACUGGAUCAGCCUAAGAAGUUGCUUGGAGAGCUGCCGGCUACUGCCAUCUCUGGUAAUGAUAUUUUGUCUAGUGUCCUGUACUCGGCAUCAUCUGUGGCUUUAAAAUCGGGCAAACUCAUGCCAAUUCCAUUGCUUAUGGUGUCCAUUUUGCUCUACUUCUUUCGAUUUAUCUACGAAGAAGUAGUUACUGCCAUCCCCAUGAACGGUGGUACCUACAACGCUUUGUUAAAUACGACAUCGAAACGUACAGCAGCUGUAGCCGCCUGUCUCAGCAUCUUGUCGUACGUGGCCACUGGAGUGGUAUCAGCCACGUCAGGUGUGCGGUAUCUGAACAACCAAGUGGACAUUCCGAUUGUCGGAUCUGCAAUUAUUUUGUUGGGAGCGUUUGCACUUUUGGCGGUGAUGGGAAUCACAGAAAGCUCUCGCGUGGCUGUUGCAAUCUUCUUGCACCACAUUGUUGUCCUCUUGAUCCUCUUUGUGUCGUGCGUAGUCUAUUGGUUCAAUCACUCGCACGUUUUUAGCGACAACAUGCAUGCCGGAUAUCCCAAAGUGGACUUUGCUGGAUCAAUGCUUGACGGUAACAUCUUUACGGCAGUUUUCUUCGGCUUUGGUGCAUCAAUGUUGGGUAUUACCGGUUUUGAGUCGUCAUCCAACUAUGUAGAGGAACAAGCUCCGGGCGUCUUUCGCAAGACGCUUCGCAACAUGUGGGCACUCGUCACAUUUUUCAACAUUGGCCUUAGUAUCGGUAUUCUUGCUGUGCUGCCCCUGGAAGGUGAUAAUGGAAUUUACAAAAGCUCGGAUGACCUUCUUGCGAUGGUAAGCCGAGAAAGUGUGGGGAGCUGGUUCGAGACGUGGAUUAGUAUUGAUGCCUUCAUUGUGCUGAGUGGCGCCGUCCUGACCUCGUAUGUCGGAAUAUGCGGUCUUGUUCGCCGCCUGUCAACGGACCGUGUGCUGCCCGCAUUCUUGGCGAAGACAAACAAGGCGCGCGGUACCAACCACUACAUCAUCGGCAUCUACUUCUUGUUGUCGGCAAGUCUCGUGCUCAUUCUCAACGCCGAUGCUAGUACUGUAAACGGUGUGUACACGUACUCCUUUCUUGGACUAAUGGCGAUGUUUUCGUGCGCCUGUAUGUUGCUGAAGGGCAAGCGUUCCGAAAUUCCCCGAGACAUCCACGCACCGUGGGCUACAGUAAUUAUUGGAUUUCUAUUAAUUCUCGUGGCCAUUUUCGCAAACCUCCUGGGUGAUCCCAAGGUCCUCAUGUACUUCGCUAUCUAUUUCAUCGUCGUGAUUUUUGCAAUGUUUGUCAUGUUCGAGCGUGUCACAAUUUUACGAUAUGCUUUGGUUAUGUUGAAGAAAAUGGCUCCCUCAAGCUACAGCAAAGCUGGUGGAGUUAGUCUUACGGUGAAUCCUUCGUCAGAAGUGGAGCACACCGGAGCUCGGGGUGGCCGCACCAUCGCUCGCACCAUUCUCAGCAUUCGUAACGCCCCCAUUGUCUUCUUCUGCAAGGUUCCAGAUCUCACGAUCAUCAACAAGGCCAUCAUGUAUGUGCGCCGCAACGAGCAGACGCAUACACUGCGUAUUGUCCACGUAUUCGAAGACGAAGAGGCAAGUGCCCCUGUGCUCGCGUCGCUUCGUGAGAUGGCAGCGCUGUUCGACAGCAUGUACCCAAAGAUCCGUGUAGACUUUGUUUCGGUGCACGGCGAGUUUGGUCCGGCAAUAAUCGAGUGGCUAUCACGGACGAUGAACGUGCCUCGCAACAUGAUGUUCAUCACCCAACCUGAUUUAAUAUCGGCCGAGCGCGUAUCGUCAGCCGGCGUUCGUGUCAUAACGGCAUGA